AUGGAGAAGAGAGAGGAUUGGAGAUCAAUUCUACCGUAUUUACCAGUGGUGAUGCGUUCUCCCUCUCUAUUUUGGCCGUCCCAAGUGGUGGAAGCUCUCAGAGAGCUUGAAUGUGGAAGAGUUGACUCGGGCCGGCUCUUAUUCAUCUUCAUGACUGAACUCAGGAACUCUCUUUCUCUCUCUUCCGAGCCCUUAGCCCCUUCAGCUGCAUAUGGAUAUGCCCUCUUCUUCGACGAGCUAAUGUAUAGAGAGGAAUGUAGGAAGUGGUUUGAGGAGGUGCUUCCAGCAUUGGGAGGUUUGCUUUUGAGGCUGCCUUCUUUGUUAGAAGCACACUAUAAAAACGCGGAUAUGCUUAUUGAUGGAGAGGGAGCCACUAUCAGAACUGGUCUUCGCAUGCUGGAUUCACAGGAAGCCGGGAUAGUGUUCCUUACCCAGGAGUUGAUUGCCGCUCUUCUCGCAUGCUCACUUUUAUGUCUAUUCCCAGUCCAUGACAGAUAUGAGAAACAACUUCAACCAGUUAACUUUGACGAGUUGUUUGCGAGUCUCUAUGAUGAUUACAGUCAAAAACAGGAAAGUAAGAUUUGGUGCAUCAUUCAUUAUUUUCAAAGGAUAAGCUCUGAUAUGCCUAAGGGUGUUGUCUCAUUUGAGCGAAAAGUACUUCACUGGGAUGAUGAUUCUGUUCACAUUUCUUACCCAAAUUCUAACUUUUGGAGCACUUCUGUUACACCUCUAUGCAGAUUCGAGGUUCACAGUUCAGGACUCAUAGAAGAUCAUUCAAGUGAAGCUAUCGAAGUAGAUUUUGCAAAUGAAUAUCUUGGUGGCGGUGCUCUCCGUAGGGGUUGUGUACAGGAGGAAAUUCGCUUCAUGAUCAGCCCAGAAUUGAUUGCUGGCAUGCUUUUCUUGCCGGCCAUGGCGGAUAACGAGGCUAUAGAUAUUGUUGGUGUGGAAAGGUUCUCGAGUUAUAAAGGAUAUGCAUCAUCGUUUCGAUUUUCUGGGGAUUAUGUGGAUGAGAAAGAUGUAGACACCCUUGGAAGACGAAAAACCAGGAUAGUUGCAAUUGAUGCAUUGUGUGGUCCGGGGAUGAGGCAAUACAGGGAAAAGCUUCUCCUCCGUGAAAUCAACAAGGCAUUCUGUGGGUUUCAGCAGCACUCUAAAUAUCAACAGUAUCGGAAAAUACCGCAAGAGAAGUUUGAUGCUGCAACGUCAACGUCUAUGGAAACGAGUGAAGGAAAAAAUUCAUAUCAAGAAAUCAGAAGUUUUCAAAAUGAUUACAAUAUGAUAGAGAAGAGCAAUGAUAUUGGAGUUGCAACCGGAAAUUGGGGAUGUGGUGCCUUUGGAGGGGAUCCUGAAGUAAAGACCAUAAUUCAGUGGCUUGCAGCUUCUCAAGCUCGAAGACCUUUCAUAGCAUACUACACGUUUAGCUCGGGGGCAUUGCAGAACCUAGACAAGGUUACAUGCUGGAUUUUGUCGCAGAGGUGGACUGUCGGAGACCUAUGGAACAUGCUAGCUGAGUACUCAACAAGUAGAUCAAAAGGAGAAACUAACGUCGGCUUCCUCCGAUGGCUCCUUCCAUCAGUACAUGCUCAUGGUUCUAGGAUGCAUUAA